AUGCAGACUAGUCAUCUUAGCGUCGACCCCGGCAAGCCUUGUUCUCUUGCAGGAGCGGCUUCUGCAAAGCCUACACAAACGACAUCUCAGGCAACACACAGCGGACACCAUGCGACUUCAACACCGGCGAACGCAUGUGCCGUUGCACAAGCAGCCGCGGAAUCGUUCCUUUCUGCCAGACCAAGUGCAACUGCAGCCGCAAUAAAGCCUUCAGUUGCAUACGACUGUCUUAAUACUCUGGAGCCCCUCGCCAACCCCCCGGAGGGUUACCUCGCUCCCGGUGUGGAUGUUAUUGGGGGACUUGGCCAGAUCCGAGCCCGUGUGAUGAAGGACAAGUACAAGAGUCAGAUCGAGUUUGCGCUCGAUAUCAAGCGACUGUUUACUCAAGCUUCCGAUGGCCACUUCAACUACAACCCAGCCCUUCUCAGCCUCUUCACUUUCCGCAGUUUGAACAACCUUGUUUCUGUUUCCGAUGAUGGCCUCAGCGUCCCGAGAGUGUAUCUCAUCAGUGACUUCCUCAAGUCUUAUGUCAACGACACUGAUGUCUAUGAUAUCAAGAGCAUCGACGAUGUCCCAAUCACCGAAUGGCUGGAGGCACAGUCUUCCCGAGUCUUCACCCAGGAUCCCGACGCCAAGUACAACUCCCUCUUCAACACGAACCCUGCCACGGAGUUCCAGGGUGUGGGCAAUGAAUUUGUUCUUCGCUUCCCUGGACACUGCCCGGACAAGCAAGUGAUCAAGUUCACCAACGGAACCGAGUACGUGGAUCAGCUUGUGGCCGUUGUCAGUGAGUCGUUCGUCGAGUAUCUCAGCAGUGCCGAGGCCAUUCACUCCAAGGUCGAACUGCCCCCUACCGGCACCAGCUCUGUCGCUUCCUCCUCGUCUGCUACAUCCUCUUCCGCGUACAGCGCAACGCCUACCACGACUCAGAUUCCCGGCUACCCCUACCCAGUGUCUAAGCACGCGAAUAUCGACACUGCGAACGGGACAUUUGAGAUUGGCGAGGCUAAGCGUGUCGUUGACGUCUUCCUCAAGAAGGCCAAGGCCGCUAGCAAGAAGAAGCUUGUCAUCGACCUCCAGGCCAACGGGGGUGGAUUUGUUGCCGCUGGCUUUCAGCUUUACAACCAGCUCUUCCCCGAGACCACAGAUAUCUGGGACGGAAACCGCAUUCGUGCUCACGAAGCCUUCAACGCUAUUGGACUUACCGCCCAAGAAGCUUCUCCCGAUGUUCUGGCAAACUUGGUUUCGAAUGUACUCAACGAUAAGCUCAAGCCCUUCAAGGACUGGGAAUAUCUGUUCGGCCCUGAGGUGAUUGCCGGACAGAAUGUGACAAAUUUGCUGCGCUACAACCAGACCGGCCUCGGGUACCCCAAGAGUACCGAAGAUCAGGUCUUCCAGCCAGGGAACAUCAUUGUCAUCACUGACGGCAUCUGCGCCUCUACUUGCACCAUCUUUACCGGGCUGUUGGUCAGGGAACAGGGCGUCCGCACGAUUGCCCUGGGAGGUCGCCCGUCGGAGGCUCCUAUGCAAGCUAUCGGCGGUGUCGAGGGUUCAGAAGUCCUCGACUGGCCGUCCCUGCAGGCUGCAAUCAUGCAAGUUGCCAGCGACGCCAUCGCUGCCAACGAGACCGACAUUCUCGAAGCUGCCUUUGAUGUUCUCCCUGAUCUCGGCGACCCUCCCCUGCUCCCCACUCUCGCCAAGUCAGGUGGUAGCUUCAACUACCGCAACGCUUACGCUCGUAAGCGCCCGGAUAGUUUCCCGGAGCAGUUCAUCUAUGAAGCCGCCAACUGCCGUCUGUUCUACACGGCGGACAUGCUUGCCAACAUCACCGAGAUCUGGGCCCGCUCCGCCGACUCUGCUUGGAACAAGGCCAAGUGCGUUGGAGGAUCGACCGUCUGCAAGGACGGUAUCAUCAGCAAUGAUAUCUUGCCCUUCAGUGACAAGGUCGUUGGCAUGCAUUUGGAGUACAAGGGACCUGGUAGUCUGUCGUACAAGGGCGCCUAUGAGCCUCCUUCUCCCUACGUCCAGAAGCACACCAACAACAAGCGUUCCAUCGUCGAAAAACUCAACGUUCCCGAGAACUUAGUCUACGAGCCCACCAAGCACAAGAUUGGUGAUCUCAAGGAGUAUGUCGCUCAAAACAUGCCGGAAGACUUCAAGUAUGAGCAGAAGCACAAGAUUGGAAUCAGUCACACUCACCUCAACCGGGAAUAAUUGAGUCAACAGUCUGAGAUGAAUGAUGAUGAAACAGAUGUUACAGCAGGAUGAUGGCCUCGGAUUCCCUACUUUUGUACCUAUUUAGACACUCGUUGAUACCUAAUGGAUGAAGAGUCCCGAUGCAGUGAGGAAACCCCCCUUCCUAACAGAAUGCCCUGGUGACACUCGUGAUUCUAAAGUCUUGGAAGAUAAAUCGGAGAACCACGGGUGCCUAGGUAGUUCGGAAUCGACCCCCAAUGAUGGUGUGCCUGAGCGCUGAAUCGCAACUCAUACAAAGCGUCUCACGAAAUCUCUACUGCUCCUGCAUUUGACUUGUUUGAGG